CGUAGUUAUCCUUCCGACUGGGAAGCCGGUGGUUCCGGAAGGCUAAAACCUUCAGUUCCCGUCCGGAUUGGCCGCUCCCGGGGCGGCAGAAGUCCGUGGGCUGGUGCCGCGCGGCCUGAGGGCGGCGCGCUCCCUCUCAGCAUGGCCCGAAACGCAGAAAAGGCCAUGACGGCCUUAGCAAGAUUUCGCCAGGCUCAGCUGGAAGAGGGGAAAGUAAAGGAGCGAAGGCCCUUCCUUGCCUCAGAAUGCGCUGAACUGCCUAAAGCCGAGAAGUGGAGACGACAGAUCAUUGGAGAGAUCUCAAAAAAAGUGGCUCAGAUUCAGAAUGCUGGCUUAGGUGAAUUCCGGAUUCGCGACCUGAAUGAUGAAAUUAACAAGCUGCUGCGAGAGAAAGGACACUGGGAGGUCCGGAUCAAGGAGCUGGGCGGUCCUGACUACGGGAAAGUUGGCCCUAAAAUGCUGGACCACGAAGGGAAGGAAGUCCCAGGAAAUCGAGGUUACAAGUACUUCGGAGCAGCAAAAGACCUGCCUGGCGUCAGAGAGCUGUUUGAGAAAGAGCCACUUCCUCCUCCACGAAAGACACGAGCCGAGCUCAUGAAGGCAAUCGACUUUGAGUACUACGGGUACCUCGAUGAGGAUGACGGUGUCAUUGUGCCCUUGGAGCAGGAGUAUGAGAAGAAAUACAGAGCCGAACUAGUGGAGAAGUGGAAAGCGGAGCGAGAGGCCCGCCUGGCCAGAGGAGAGAAGGAGGAGGAGGAGGAGGAGGAGGAGGAGGUGAACAUCUACGCCGUGGCUGAGGAGGAGUCCGACGAGGAGGGCGGCCCGGACAACGGCGGGGAGGACGGGCAGCAGAAGUUCAUCGCGCACGUGCCGGUGCCGUCGCAGCAGGAGAUCGAGGAGGCGCUGGUGCGCAGAAAGAAGAUGGAGCUGCUGCAGAAGUACGCCAGCGAGACGCUGCAGGCCCAGAGUGAGGAGGCCCGGCGGCUCCUGGGCUGCUAGGCGCCCUGCCGCGGCCUCCCCGCCCUGCUCACUCACACCUGCGCCCCCGAGGGCCGCUGGCUGGACCCCUUGGCGUUGCCCCGGCCACGUGCAGCUGACAUGAGAGCCCGCGCACGCGUGUCCUGAGCAUGUAGGACGGGCUGCUCCCGCGGCCUGCGAGUGUCAGUGGCCGCCCCCCUGUUGGUAGUGGGGGUGGCCAGCCGGGGAUGCCUGUGAGAGCGCAGAUGUCUGUGACGCCUCCUGCGCGCUGGGAAGACGCCCCCGCCACCCUCGGGCCACCCUGCCACGCGUCUCGCCCCCAGCCGGCAGGAGGGCGCAUUUGCUGCUUCCGUCUGGGAGUGGUUUUGCACAGAGCUAUUUUUAUUAAAGACUUUUGUACGAAAGGCA